AUGUCAGUUGAAGAAACUAAAUACGCUUACACUAUAGUUGAACAGGACAAAGUUAAAAUGGACAGUAGCAGUAAUAGUAGAAGCAUAAAAUUCCAGUUACUCAUCGUCGCUUGCAUAAACAUUGGCCAGAUAAUCGUCGGGUACAGCGUCGGCUGGUCGGCUCCCAUCAUACCAAAGCUGCAGGACCCGGACCAGACCCCACUGCCGGACCUCAUCACAGACUUCCAAGCGUCAUGGAUAGGUUCCUUGCUAUACAUAGGAGCCAUGGUGGGGCCGUAUGGUACGGGGUUCCUCUCAAACCACAUAGGCAGGAGGCCAUGCCUGAUGAUCGGUGCUGUCCUCAACAUAGUCGCGUACAUCCUGGUCGUGACCACCACCAACCUGGCCAUGAUCUACGCGAUCAGGAUAGUCAGUGGUCUAGGGAUGGGCAUCACAAUCGUUGGGAAUAUUGUCUACGUUGGUGAGAUUGCGUCCACUCACAUUCGAGGGAUUCUCCUAACGUCCACAUCAAUCGUCGGUAUAACUGGCACGCUCAUAGUUUAUGCGGUUGUACCCUUUGUGUCAUACGUAGCGACUGGAUGGAUAGCGCUAGCUAUCUGUCUUCUUCAUAUUGUAUCUCUGUUCUUUAUACCAGAGUCACCGGUGUACUACGCUAUGAAGAAUGAAGACGUAAAAACAGCAAAGACACUGCACCUAUUAGGAAGGUCAUCAGACGUGCAGAAAAUUCUGGAAACGUAUUCAAACAAAAAGAAAGCAUCUUCACUGAAGGACUGGAUAGAAAUAUUCACAAUUAAAUCUAACAGAUGGUCUCUGUUUAUUACAUUUAUGUUGGGUGCAUUGCAGCAACUCAGUGGUGUUGCGGUAGUAUUGUUCUUUGCAACUACGAUAUUUGAGUUGGCUGGAUCGUCUAUAAGAUCGGAUAUUGCUACAAUAAUUAUUGGAGUGACCAGAUUAGUGUCAAGUCUUAUUGCUCCAUUGUUUAUUGAGAGAUCUGGGAGGAAGAUUCUAUUGCUGUGCUCUAUGAUGGCUUGUGCAUUGAGUUUGGCAGUCCUUGGCCUGUAUUUCUACCUGGAUAGGAUACAGAGUGACGUACUUGAGAACAUCGGAUGGCUGCCUCUCUUCGCUCUUAUUAUAUACUUCUUCUGUUAUGAAGCUGGUUUCGGAACAAUACCAAACGCCAUAGUAGGCGAGAUGUUCCGAGCGAACGUUCGCUCGAACGGUUCUUCGCUCGCCAUAACCCUGACUUGGCUCGUUGGGUUCGCUCUCACCACCAGCUUCACCACCAUGGUGGAGAACUUGGGCGGUGACGUAACAUUCUGGAUCUUCGGCGGCUCUUGCGUUUUCUCUUUUCUCUUCACACUCUUCUGCGUGCCGGAGACGAAGGGGAUGACACUGAAAGAGAUACAGGAUAUGUUGAGUUAAUAAAGUU